UAACAAAAAAAUGGGGGUGGUUUUUUGGAGGAGGGGGGUCGGUAUUCUAUUACAGUGUGAAUUACAAUCCUCAUCAGUGAAAGUAGCGACGGCACAAGACGUGAAAUAUUUUCGACAAUACAUCCCUCUUUAAGUGUGAUAAGGAUGUCGAGCGAGCGGAUGAGUUAAGUAGGCGACUGCUCGAGUGAUGCGGUGGAGAUAGUCGCGCUCUUCCUGCAGCGUAGGAGACACAGAUGUCAGAGCACACACGUUCCCCAGGGAGCAGAGGGCAAAAUGCACUAAUUUCACACUUUUUCCCUAUCAAGCUCAAGUCUUAAUUAGCCGCGCAUACCCGUACACACACACACACACAAAUGAGCAUACACCCACUUUUUUUUUUUGCCCUGCGUGGACAUCUGCUGCGGGACUUCCGUGACCCUGGGUGUAAACAUGGCUCCCUUUGCAUUCUCAUGCAAUUCUCCUCGGCAAAUGUGCUCUUAUUAAGUAGUGCAAAGGCACACUCACACUUCCAGUCAUCGGGUGUGAACAUUAUGCAAACGUGGCCCGCGACAUAAGCCUGAACUUUUUCAUCUCGGGGGCAAAGAAUGCACCUUUUUGCAUGAGUGCAAAACAGCUAAAGAAGAAAAAGAAAUAUCCAAACAGCAUUGAGUAGAGAAGUGUAAAAAAAAAAAAAAAAAAGCAAUUUACAAUGUGGGCUCUGACAAGAAUAAGACCCCGUUGACCUCACCAUUUGAAAUGCUUUUCCAGGCCUUUACUGCAGCCUCUUUCAGUUCUUGUUUGUGACGUCAGGCGAGUUACAAGCACGGAUGGAGAAUAUUUUUUAAGAGCAGGCAUGCAUGUCCAGCUGUGGGCCUGGAGGGCCGCCGUCCUGCCUGUUUUCCAUCUCCCCCCCGGGCUGCAACACACCUGAUUCAAAUGAUCAGCUCAUCACACAGCUCUGAAGCAGCACAAGAACGAUCCUGAUUAUAUGAAUCAGAUAUGUUGCUACCUGGAGAAUCUGCCUUCAAAAAGUUGAUGUUUAUAUCGUUUUUGAAGCAGUAAAUUGAAGUGGACGGCAACACACGGUGAGAUUUUUUUCCUAUUAAUUUCUCUGUGUAUAAAACACGAAAAUGACAAGAUUGUUUUGUGCAGCAAGUGUACCUAAUGUUCUGGCCGUUCGGUGUGUUAUCAUUUCACAAGAGCUCAAAGCUGAAAUCAUAAACUUAUUAUCUACGGAGCGGGAUUAGAAGACUGAUAGCAUCCUCCCAGAGCACGAAGAGCCGCAGUGGAUUCUUCUUUUCAUUCUUUGUGGCAAAUUACGCGCGUGAUAAUCCGCGGUGACGUGGGUCCCUUCGGUGAACUGGCAGCGUGGACGCAGCGCGUGCGCGUGCGUGCAUUCAAACUUGCAGCGAGUGGAGGGGAACAGUUCCCCUUGCAAAUGUCGCGGCAGGUGGCAGCUGCCGCAGACCUCCGCCCGACCACCGCCGCCGCCACCGCCACGCCCGCGGACGUGGAUCCAGCUGCCGGCUGAUGUACCCCACGCACCUGCACUUUCAUCCGCAAGAAGUGGGACGCGAGCGACCAUGAGCUCCGCUUUGCCCAAAAGCGAAUCCGCAACGUCUCUGCUGAGGUCCGCCGGGCUCCAGCGCAGAUCCACGCAGUCCGACCACGGCCCGCACGGGCACCGGAACCAGCGCGGGCAGAGAGCAGCCGACGCCGGCCGGUCGGAAGAGGCGAGCGCCAGGAGACCCCUGUGCCGCCCCGGCCACGCAGAGAAAGGCGCGGAGGACGUGAAACGCAAGACGCGCGUCAAAUCCGGCAGGUCCAAGCAAUCCGCGGGAACCGGGGCUCGCGGACGGGACGCCAAGGGAUCCCCGGGUGCGCCCAAGGAGGACCGGGACGACGCCGACUUCUUCUUCGAGACCGACAAAGGGACGGUGAGCGGCUCAGCCUCCAGCCUGAGCUCGGACGCCGCCGCUGCCGGUCGUGGCCCCGUUCCGAGUCGGCCCGCCUCCGGCCGGAGGUCCAAGAGGCUCAGCACCGUUUCGGACUAUGAUGCGAGCCUGCACCCCAUCGUCAAGUCUGUCUUUGGACAAGACAGAGAGCUGCGGCCAGAAGAAAUGGAUGAGCUGCGCGAGGCGUUCAAGGAGUUUGACAAGGACAAAGAUGGCUUCAUCGGCUGCAAAGAUUUAGGCAACUGCAUGAGGACGAUGGGAUACAUGCCCACAGAGAUGGAGCUGAUCGAACUUAGCCAGCAGAUCAACAUGAAUCUUGGCGGACAUGUCGACUUCGAGGACUUUGUUGAACUCAUGGGGCCCAAACUUCUGGCUGAGACGGCGGACAUGAUCGGCGUGAAGGAGCUGCGUGAUGCAUUCAAGGAGUUUGACACCAAUGGCGAUGGUCAGAUCAGCACAGCCGAACUCAGAGAAGCGAUGAAAAAGCUUUUGGGACAACAGGUCGGUCACAGAGAUCUGGAGGACAUUUUACGAGACAUAGACCUCAACGGAGACGGUCAUGUGGAUUUUGAAGAAUUUGUGAGGAUGAUGUCUCGAUGACUUGACCUGCUGACCUUUUUGGAGAG